AUGGCCGGACGGAGCAUCCGCCAGAUCAUGCACGACAUCACGCCGUACCUGGCCCUGCUCGUCUUCGUCGCCACUCUAGGAUCCCUCCAGUUCGGUUACCAUCUCGCCGAGCUCAAUGCACCCCAGGAUGUCAUCACCUGUCGCAAAAAGUCCGUCUCGACCUUGGCCCGCGUAGCUGCUGGCCUCCGCGAAGCUGUAAGCAGGUCCGCCAGCGCCAGCCGCUCCGCCGCCCCGGGCUUCCUCGGAGAAUGCAUCCCCAUGAGCGAGGCUGCCUUUGCCACCGUUUCUUCCAUGUUCAUGGUCGGCGGGCUGGCCGGCGCUGUGGCGGCUGGUCCGCUGGCGUCCAAAAGAGGUCGCCUGCCUGCCAUGAAGCACACGGCCGCGCUGUAUGUCCUGGGAGCCGCGGUCGAGGCCAUGUCCAGCAGCGUUGGCGUCAUCUGCCUCGGUCGGCUCUUGGCUGGCGCUGCGGCUGGCGCCUCGACCGUCAUUGUCCCGCUCUACAUCAGCGAGAUCUCGCCGCCAAAUGAGCGGGGACUGUUUGGCGCCAUGACCCAAGUCUCCAUCAACAUUGGCAUUCUUCUCACCCAGACGCUGGGUUACUUCCUCAGCUACGGCAAGGCCUGGCGGUGGAUAUUCACCGUUGCCGGGGGUAUUGCCGCAGCGCAGUUUAUCGGCCUUUUGUUUGUCCCCGAGAGCCCGGCCUGGCUGGCUGCUCACGGAGACCCAACCGGGGCGGCGAGGGUUCUGCAACGCAUCCGGCCGAAAACCGCCAACCUGCGGGACGAGACGUCGCAAUGGGAUCAAGAUGGAGCUACAUCAUCACGCAGUGCAGAAGAAGAGGGUCUUUUGUCCCAUACUGACGAGGCCGCAAGCCCUCCAUCAACCGUUGCCAGAGCUCCAACUCGCCACAUGGGCUUCCUGGAGGUGGCCAGGGAUGUCACAACCCGACCGGCCAUCAUUGCCGUGGUUGGCAUCAUGGUGACGCAGCAGUUCUGCGGAAUCAACUCCAUCAUCAUGUACUCGGUUUCGCUUCUCGCCGACCUGCUGCCCGUCUCCUCCGCACUGCUCACCAUCAUCAUCUCUGGAAUCAAUCUCGGCAUGACGAUUGCGUGUGCCCCGUUGCCGGAUCGGCUGGGUCGAAAGUCUUGCCUACUCCUUUCCAUCAUUGGGCAAGGUUCAAGCUCUCUGGCGUUGGCAUUGUCCAUCAUCUUUGGAGCCAAGAUCCUGUCGGCUAUUGCUGUCCUUUUCUUCGUGGCCUUUUUCGCGGUGGGCUUGGGGCCGGUCCCGUUCAUCAUGGCUUCGGAGCUCGUCGGCCAGGAAGCCGUGGGCGCGACCCAGAGCUGGUGUUUGGCGGCCAAUUACAUUGCCACGUUUAUCGUCGCCCAGUUCUUCCCCAUCAUCAACACGGCCUUGAAUCAUGCUCUUGGCAAGGCAGGAUGGGUGUACUUUUUGUUCGCAGGGUUCGCGACCUUGGGUGCCACUUUCGUCAGCGCCAGGGUUCCCGAAACAAAGGGAAGGAGGGACGUGGAUGAAAUCUGGGGCCGAACCCGCCGCUUGGAUUAG